GCAACUUCAUAGUAUUAAAGCAUUCUAGCGCCUGGUCGUGUCUCAUUUGGAAUUAUCGGCUUCGUCGCUCAUAAUUAUUGACGUCGUCCCUGUAACAAAUAAUUAAACACCAUGGAAUCAUGCUUCGAAUUAAACGCCCUGCUACCGCAGUUCAAGUUGAAGUUAAUGUCGGGGACAACAGAUUCACAGAUGUGGGUCGCAGAGCAAAUAUUAAAGAGUUUGAAAAAAGAAGAAUCAAAGAUGAGACAUUAUUUUGUGGAAAAACUCGUUAAAUGUGACAUAAUCUGUAGCAUAUGCGAUGCAAUGCAAGCGACUUCAGACGAAAAUUUUGUAAAUGUCAUUCUCGAGUUUCUCGAUAUCGUAAGCAUCUAUAAAGAGUUCUAUGAAAAUCACACGGCCAUGAGUGUUAUAAAAUUAAUGUUAAACAUUAGUCAUUUUAUGCAUUCACUUAAAAACACAGCAAUGUUUAAAAAGAUUAUACAAUGUGUCUGCAAUAUACUUGUGAGAUCAAUGAAAUUAGCUAUAGAUUUCGACAAUGUCUGCAUUCCGCAGCAGGUUAUAGUUUUCAUAAAGGAUCUUAAUAUCCUAGAUUUGCGAUAUCAUAAAAUAAAAUUUGCAACCAUCACGAUAUUAAAUGUCGUUCUGCGACAAGUAACUAUCAAUGAAUGCCUUGAUGUGGAUAUAAUUAUUGACGUCUCUUGCGAUGCACUAAAAUUAUUGAGAGAAAUUAUCAAAUAUGAUAACGACGAUAACAUAAUUUCACAAGCUACUAUCAUAUUAUGCGGUACUUGCGCCGGCAGUUCUAGGUUCUGUUUUGAGCAAAAUAGUCAAACGGAGGCGCCUGAAAUUUGUCCAAAGAAAAAUAAUCUAUUAAUUUACAUUUACGAUAUGAUACAGAAUAUGAUUAUACCAUAUGUCAAAGACGCAAACUUGUCCCGCGUAGAUUCGAACGAGAUUCAUGAAAAUUUCAUCUUCUGUCUGAACAAUAUGUAUCAAUUAGAAAACUGUUCUCAUGAAAACUUGUCAAACCACUUGGUUGCUAAUGGUUAUCUGAAAUACUUCUUACUUUUGACUCCAGAGCUUCCGAACAACUUACGAAGAAAUAUUUGCACAUUACUAUCACAGAUUCUGAGCGUUCUUAGUACAAGGACAUUUUCAAUCAGAGAUAAUCACCAGUUUGCAUAUAAUUUGCGUAAAGAUUUUAUAGAUUUAAUAUUGAAAAAUUCAACGAAAGAGCAUUGGAACAAUGUUGUGGCAUCGUAUUCCGGAAAUGCUGGAACGGCCUUGCUGAUUUUGCUAUAUUAUCAUUUUCAAGGCACUGGAGAAAAUGAUAUAAUAUCUUUGGAAUCGUUAAUCUCUAGAAUCUUGCUAUUUUCAAUAUCUAAGCCGAACUCAGUUCUGAUUUUUAAACCUUUAUGGUUCCUAUUCGCUGUCACAUCUGUGUCUCACCAGUGUCCUAAUUUAAUACGAAAUUAUAAAACUGCAGUUACCGAAUUGACGAAUAUCUUGCAAGAGUUGGAGAUCAGCAAAUUUUAUAUUCAUCACAUCGAUCUUUUACGUUAUUGUCUUAAAUGUUCAGACCUUCCGCAAAAUUUAUUGAGUAAAAUUUUAAAUUUAUGGUUGAUAGAAUCCGAUGGUGAUAUCGAGCCGUUAUUAUCAAUCAAUUGUGACAAAGUGAUUCGUCAUUUAUUGAUUGUGAUACAAAAUGGUUAUCCUGCACAUGUUGUCAAUGCAGCUGUAAAAGGAAUCUAUCAUCUAAUUCAAAUGAAUAAAAAUGAUCCUAUUAUAGAACAAAUCGCGGAAAUUGUGUGGCAUAUGCUGCCCAAUAUACUUUCAUCGUAUUGUUCAGAUCAGACUGUUGCACAUAUAAAGGCAGUUUUGGAAUUAGCCAAUAUUACUAAACCACAUAUAAUGCCGAUUGAAGUUAUAAUACGCAGCGCUCAUAAUAUCGUCAAUAUUAUAUUAAAAAAGAACACAGAUUCAAAAUUUAUGACAUUAGUUAUAACGCAAGCACAUAUUUUGUUGGUUUCCGCUAUUUCAAAUAUGUCAUUUAAAGUGCUUCAACUAUACGUACAAACACCUGAAUUACUAAAAGAAUUGCUCGCUUAUGGAUUUUCAAGUGAAAGAUCAGAAUUAUCCGCGAUCAGCAUAAAACUGCUUACGUUCAUUAUUCAUUAUCAAGAACAAUCAUCGAUAAAGUGCAAAGUGCCAAUCAAGAUUCACAUAAAAAGUUUAAUCGAUCUCUUGGUAAAUGUAGAAAACUCAAAUUGCAUAAGUGAAAUGCAAUUUAUAUGUGAUCUUUUAAAACAAAGUUAUAAGGAAUCGGCUGUCGUUUUGCAAAAAAUUUCUAAUAGUAAUGAUAUAAAUAUGGUUAUUUAUCUCUACGAAGUUUUCCAUAGAAUUCAUGCACUGAAACCUGUGUUGUUCUGGGAUAUGGUAUAUCAAAGCUUAAUGACUUUAUUACAUUUCUGUAAUAUUAAAGUAACUAAUGCAUCGUUGUUACCUUAUCUUUGUACACAUUUGAGUACUUAUAGUCUAAUUACUAAUGUCGUGAAAACACGAUAUAUAUCGCAUCAUUUUGUCGAGUUCGCCAUUACGUGGCUUUACUAUCGAAAAACAACUUGCCAUGAUGUAUUGUGGAAUCCUCGAUCGAUAUGUUUAUCAUUAUUUGAUAUAGCUUUGAAUUACCUUAAAGAAUAUUCAGUAAUGUUAAAUGAGACAGAAUUGAAAGCUCAUCAGAAUCUUCAAUAUGCGUUGUCACAGUUCCAAUAAAUAAUACCAAUGGAUUA